AUGAAUAGUUUAAAUAUUGUGACAAACUUUAACCAUGAUGGUUGGGGGCCAGACGAGGAAGACGAUCAGACGAUCAACACCUGCUUAAACUCAAUUAACAAACUCCCCUUUGACCCUAAACUUAAAUUGGAAAAGCAAAUACAUAUUUGUGACUUUACGUUUAGCACAUACCAGAGAAAUGUCCGUGAAGGAAAUCGAGUAAACAGACUUAAUUCCACAUCAAUGGACGAAGAAUUACAGUUUCAAACUGUAGAUAGUAGAACAAUUGUGAAAAUAAAGCCGACUACUCAUUAUAAAAAGAAGACUCCAAUAAAGCAAACAACCCAAGCUUUUAACCAGAAGGUUAUGGAGGAAGAACAGCUUCAAUUUUCGAAACAAAAACAAUAUCCCGAAGUUCGACGUCAAAAGUAUAUUGCAAAGAAUAGAUCACUGAGGUUGCCUACAAGGUAUCACCCAUUGAAUGAAUGGAGUAUCGAACCAACGCCUGCAUGGAAUGUAGUUGCUGAGAUUCCAUUCAACGUUCUGCUGAAACAGGAGAUGAAUAGCUCCCUAGUCACAGUCGAGGACCUUUUUUGGCGCGGAAAACUUGGAAUCUAUGACAGAAAAAUGGAUCAAAUAACCCCCAAAAGUGAAGUAUAUCUGCUACACCUGUCAAAUUCAUACGACUACUACUGGACCUCGACACACGAUGACGACUGCAUUGCAGAUGUUUUGCUUGAAACGUACAAAACUUCACCUUCAAAACCAUUUGAUUCUGAAGAUCGAAACGGUUUAAACUCAGAAAAUGAUUUCGAUUCUCCAGAUAAAAAACAGACAGGAAACAUGCCACUUCAAGGAGAUUCUGCAAGUUAUGACCAGGCUAUGAAAGUCGAAAGAGACCUUAUGAGGUACGACAAGAUAGUUUUGGCAGCAACGGACCAAAUAUUAUCAGUUUUGAUGACGGCAGGAAGAUCAAAACACUCCUGGCACCUGAACGUAACUAAAAUUGAAAACCAGAUCAUAAUAGAUAAGGCAAACGGAUCAAUCAUUGACAUGCUAACAGUAAAUGAAACAGCCCCAGACCCACCUCAACCAGACUGUGAAAUUAAGAUUAACAGACCCUCAUCACUAAGAUACGAGGCAGUAAAGGUUAACCAAAACCUAAGGCAACAAGUUCUAUUACAGGAUGAAUAUGCCGAAACUUUCCUAGACCCUCCAUUUGUUGAGGAGUCAGAUAACCCAGCAACAAUAGCUUACAGGUACAGAAAGUUUACACUACCAGGAACCCCAAAUGCAACAAACUUUGAAAAACUUCCAAUUCUGGUUAUAACUCGCUGUGAAGUUCACUCAAAGCUUCAAGGAACUGACACCUACGCUUACGUAUGUGCACUCAAUGAAUGCCCAAACAAGAAUAACAAGUCUUGGAGGUCACAAAUAGAAACUCAGAAAGGAGCUCUUUUAGCCAACGAAAUAAGAAAUAAUACAACAAAGCUCCAGAGGUUUGUGGCUUGCGCUAAUAUGGCUGGUUGUGGAGUGUUUAAAUUGGCCUACGUGACAAGAAGGAGCCCCAAUGAUGCUGAAAACCACUCAAUCAUCGGAAUUCAUACACAUACGACACAAAAUCUGGCACUUCAAAUGGGAUUCAGCCUAGAUAACGCAUGGGGAUCAAUAAAGGCAAUUGUACACCUCAUUAUGAGGAGACCUGAUGGUCAGUAUGUUCUACUAAAGGAUCCUAUGAAGCCCAUUAUCAGACUCUAUUCAGUAUCGGAAGAGGAAGAACUGAAUCAAGGCCAGCCUCAAGAAUCUAAAUAA